UCAUCAGUCUUCCACCGCUAGCCCACUCUGACACAGCAAGUUAAUUAACCAAGUGCCUCUGUUUUCAAAAAUGGAACACUUCGAACAACACAACGAAAUCUCUUCGUCCUACAACAACGAUGUGAAGCACAACUACAGCGAAUACGAAACAAAACACUUCUACACUGACUAUGACAAGAAGGCAGAGAGCAAAGAAUUUGCAGACGUCUACAUGGAACCAAAGGCUGAAGAUCAGAGCCACUUGACCACCCCGUUCUCUGUCAAAGACAUCCUGAACAUCAACCAGCCAUGUCAAUACGAUCGCUUUGACAUGUGGAAGAGUUUAGACCGUGGGAAACGCCAGUACGACUACGAAGCUACGUUAUGCCAACCUCAACCUUAUUGUGGUGAAUACUUCACGCCAAUAUACCCUGGGACAGUACCGGAGCAGUAUUGGGGGCAGGAGGCCUAUCACGACCCGAAAAUUGAGUACUACACGGGGUAUUAUGGUCAUAACUUCUAUCCGAGCUACGAACAGUACGGUUUAGUGGCUCCCGAAGUGCAUAAGGUGGAAAAUGCGGAGGUUCCUGGUCCAUUGAAGGCGGAUAGUGGUGAAAGUGAAGAUGUGUGUGCAGCGUACGUGAACCCAGUGGCGGCAGCAGAGGCGACCAAAAUUACACGAACGCCCCCAGUCCCCGCAAAACAAGAGAAGAAAGAAAAGAAGAUCAAAAGAAAACCACGAAUCCUGUUCUCACAGACACAGGUCCAUGAGCUGGAAAAGAGGUUUCGAACCCAGAAGUACCUCUCCGCGCCAGAAAGAGAGGAACUCGCCAAAGCUCUCUUUCUCUCUCCCACACAAGUGAAGAUCUGGUUCCAGAACCGAAGGUACAAGAGCAAAAGAGUCAAGUCACCAGAAGUGUCCACCUCCACCGACGCAAAACCGCACCGGCCAACGGAAAGAAAGCUUUACAGAGCCGAGAAUAAGGUUAAAGCUAGUAACUUGUACGAUUACAAAAGAUGUCCCGAAAACGAUACUCAGAUUUCUGAAGGCAAUGCCUACUUUGAUGGAAGUAUGGACUUCGAGGAACACAAGUAUUAUACAAACGAAUUAGAGCUAAGUGAUAGUGUCAGUCAGGGUACUGACUUGUACCCUAACAAUGUAUCGGUUAAUACCACUGAAGAAUACAAAUUGUAUCAAAGUAGGCUUUACAGUGGUAGUUCCGAUGAGAGAAAAUAUUAUCCCAGUAACGAAUAUAUUUGUUGUUAAUUGCUAUAAAGAUUUAAUCUAAGUAUUCGUCUUAUUUCUGGAAUGUUUGAUAAUGUACUAUCGUCGUUAACUUGAUUAUGAAACAGUUUUUCAGAAAUCUUUUAAGUUUACCGUAAGUGCCAUAGACUGAACCAAAGUAUUUUUUUUAUUUUAAUAAUGUUACAGUAUUAAGUUUUGCAUUUUUGUGCAAUAAGAUUAUCGUGCCAAAGUUUUAGUUGUAUUUUUGUAAAU